AUGAAGAACGUGACGAGCUCCUCCGUUGGCGACAUGGCUGAAGACUCGCGAGGGAAGACGGACGGCAUCAACGCCCAGCCACCAACAACAUCUCACGUCCUCCACCGCUCGCUCCUCUCGGACCCGGCAACCGUCGUCGCAGCUUCGGGCUCAUACAUCACCUUGUCCACCGGCCAGCGCAUCCUCGACGGCUGCACCGGGGCCGCGGUUUCUGUCAUCGGCCACGGCAGUGAGGAGGUACAGGCCGCCGUGCGGGAGCAAAUGGCCAAGCUCUCCUACGCCCACACCCUCGCCUUCACGACCGGCGCCGCCGAGGCCCUGGCCGAUGCGCUGCUCAAGGACACGCCGUACGGGCUGUGCAAGGCCUACUUUGUCUGCUCUGGGAGCGAGGCCAUGGACUCGGCGCUCAAGCUCGCGAGGCAGUAUCACGUCGAGACGGGCAACGCCCAGCGGACGCACGUUGUCGCGCGGAGGCAGGCCUUUCACGGCAACACCAUCGGAGCGUUGAGCGUGGGCAGCAACGUCGCGAGAAAGGCGCCGUAUGUAGGGGCGUUGACGCUCCCCAACGUGAGCCACGUGAGCCCUGCCUACACCUACCGUGCACAGCUCGAGGGCGAGACGGAAGAGUCAUACGCCGCGCGUCUGGUGCAGGAGCUCGACGACGAGUUUCAGUCCCUCGGCCCGGACACCGUCAUGGCCUUUAUCGCCGAGACGGUAUGCGGCGCGACGCUGGGCUGCGCGACCGCUCCCCGCGGCUACUUUCAAGGCGUGCGACAACUAUGCUCCAAGUACGGCAUCUUGUUGAUCCUUGACGAAGUCAUGUGCGGCAGCGGGCGGUGCGGCACGUAUUUUGCCUUUGAGCAAGAGGGCGAGGGCGUGUAUCCCGACCUCCUCACGCUGGGCAAGGGUCUGGGCGGCGGCUAUUCGCCCAUCGCGGGCGUCUUGAUCCACGAAAAGGUGAUACGCGGUCUCCGACAGGGAAGCGGCUCAUUCGUCCACGGACACACCUACCAGGCGCACCCCGUCGCGUGCGCGGCCUCGCUCGCGGUGCAAAAGGUGCUGCAGCGCGACGACCUGGUGCGUCGCUGCGCGGUCAAGGGGCGGUGGCUCGAGGAGGCGCUGCGGUCGGAGCUGGGCGGGCGUAGGUUCGUCGGCGACGUGCGCGGCCGGGGCUUCUUCUGGGCGCUCGAGUUUGUGGCCGACAAGAGCAGCAAGGAGCCGUUUGCGCCGGACUUGCAUGUCGCGACGAGGGUUCGCGAUGAGGCGCAGAGGCGCGGGCUGGCGGUCUAUCCUGGGACGGGGACGGCGGACGGGACGCGCGGUGAUCACAUUAUUGUCGCGCCGCCGUAUAACGCCUCGGACGCGGAGCUGGCGGACGUGGUGAGGUUGCUGAAGGAGGCGUAUGAGGUGGUUGAGGAGGAGUUGGCGGCGGUCAUGUCUUCAUAG